CAGGAGGAGCACGUCGUCUGGAAAACACCGCCAACCAGAGUGGCCUGUCCCCCAUUUUUCUAGCUACUUCUGCCAACGUAAAGGUGGCUUAUUUAUUUAGCGCCCCGCAGGGCCUGCCUGUUUCUUUCUGCCGUGGUCACGGCCUGGUUCCUUGACAUCCGCCUCCCCUCAGGAGGGAGGAACUUGCAGCAACGAGAGAGAAGAAAUUGCGGCGUUUUUUCUCCCGCGGGCGGAAAGGGCGGGAAGCGCCUCCCGCCUUGCUCAGCUCAGCCCCACCGAAGCAGCUGCUCUCCCUCCCCUCGCUCCCCAUUCAUGCUCUCCCGGAGGGGGCUGUCCUCCUCCUGCCAACUCCGCGGGAAGAUUUCCCCCUCUCUUAAAACGUGGCGGAAAUGUCCCGUGCCAAGUCCCUGCUGCAGCUCGUCUGGGCUUGCUCCAUGCUGAUAGUUCGCUCCAGCUUGGCUGAAGAGGAGCUCGCCGCUUUGACGCGCGACCAAGUGCCCUACUUUUGGAAAAAAGGGAUAUUUAUUAUCCAAAGUGAUUCCCUCAACACAUGUGUUAAAGCUGAGACAUCGAAGCUCAUCCUUGAAGACUGCACUCGGCUUUCGAAAUACAUGUUAUGGAAAUGGGGUUCUAAACAGCAUCUUUUCAACAUCGGCCGAAGCACUUGUCUAGGACUCAAUAUCAGCAACCAAGAGCAGCCACUGCUCAUGGCUGAAUGCAAUUCAGCUCAGCACUCACUGUGGUGGAGCUGCCUUGGAAAAGGGUUGAUUGGUGCAUCGCAGUACAAAUUAGCACUUGAGGGUGGCAAAUUUGUUGUGGCAAAAAAAAAUUCAGCAUAUGGAUGGAAACAAUUCCUGUCUCUUGAUGGGGAUCUUUGUGAACAUGCAUUCAAAGAGACAUAUACCCUGUUGGGAAAUUCCCAUGGCUCGCCUUGUGUUUUUCCAUUUAAAUACAACAAUCAAUGGCACUAUGAGUGCAUCAGAGAUUCCAGAGAAGAUGACUAUCCCUGGUGUGCCACAACAAGUCAGUAUGAGCAAGAUGAAAAAUGGGGACUUUGCCCAAAUUCUGAGACUGGCUGUGACAUUUUUUGGGAGAUGAACGCAGACACUCAGAUCUGUUACCAAUUCAAUCUUCUUUCUGUUCUCUCUUGGAAUGAGGCACGUGUUGCAUGUCAGAAUCAAGGAGCAGAUUUGCUAAGCAUCACAGAUAUGGCAGAACAGAAGUAUAUUAGUGGUCCACGUGAACAGGUGGGCACAAAGGAAGUUCUGAUGUGGACAGGUUUAAAUCAGCUGGAUGGAGCCGCUGGCUGGCAAUGGUCAGAUGGAGCACCCUUGGCAUUUGUGAACUGGCGAUCAGAUCCUUCUGACAGCUCUCUUGGGCAACAUCGCUGCAAAGUGUUUAACUCAAAAAUACAGCAGGACUGGCAAAGUUACCCAUGUGAAUCUGGAUUACCAUAUGUAUGCAAAAAAUAUUUAAAUGCUACUGAACACGAAGCAUUUGAUUCGUGGAAAUUUUAUCCUACCGACUGUGACUAUAAUUGGUAUCCAUAUAAUCGUUACUGCUAUAAACUUUAUAAAGAAGGAAAAAACUGGAAUGAAGCUUUGCUUUCCUGCCAGGAUGAUAAUAGCACACUCAUUAGCAUAACCUCUUUGGCUGAUACAGAGAUGCUCAUUAAUCUUCUUGAAUAUGAAAAUAUGACAGAAACUUGGCUUGGACUGAGCAGUCAUAAGACCCCAGUUGAGUUUGAAUGGUCUGAUGGAUCUCCAGUAACCUUCACUUACUGGCACAAACAAGAGCCAAAUGUCCAUCAGGGGGGAAAUCAACUUUGUGUUUCAGCUGAGCAAUAUGAGGGACGCUGGAAAGUUAAAAGUUGUAAAGACAUAUAUUUUUAUAUUUGUAAAAGAGCAGGAACUGUUGGAAAUCUCAUUUCAGAGGAAGAAUCAGGCUGCCCAGAAGGAUGGGAAAGGCACGGUGGAUAUUGCUACCAUGUGGACAAAACUCCUCGAAGCUUUGAACACUCCUCCAGUGGCUAUUACUGUCCUUUACUUGCAACAAUAAUGAACAGGUUUGAACAGGCUUUUCUCAACAGUAUGAUUCACAACAUGGAGAAAACGGAUAACCUUUAUUUUUGGAUAGCACUGCAAGACCUCAACAAUACAGGAGAAUACACUUGGCUAAAUAAAGAUGGGAAGCCUCAUCGUCUGACCUAUACAAACUGGGGAAAAUAUCAACCUAGGCAUUCUGGAGGGUGUGUUGUUAUGCAACGACAGAAGGGACCUCUUGGUGUUUGGGAAGUGAAAAACUGUACAAGCUUCAAGGCUAUGUCACUGUGUAAGCAAAAAGCUAAAUACCAAAGAGAAAAUGACCCUAAUGAAGGAUCACAUUUUGAGAAGACUUUUAAUUCUUGCAUGUUUGGAUGGGAAUUGGACCACAAUCUGCUCAGCUGUUAUAAGGUAUUUCACAGUGAAAAAGUACUGAUGAAAAGGGCUUGGGAUGAAGCCGAAGCAUUGUGUCAAGAUUUUGGAGCACAUCUUGCUAGUUUUACACAUGCCUUUGAAGAGGAUUUCUUGAGCAAACUUUUGAACACCAUGUUUCAUGUUGAUGAAGAAAGACAGUUCUGGAUUGGACUCAACAAAAGGAACCCAUUAACUGGAGGAUCCUGGGAGUGGUCUGAUGGAACGCCUGUUGCAUCUGCUUUUUUAGAAAACAAUUACAUUGAAGAUAAUGUGAGGAGCUGUGCUGCGUAUGCAGUUAAUGGAACAGUCUUGCCGCUACACUGCAGUUCUGAGCGUGAAUGGAUAUGCAAAAUACCGAAAGGUGUGAAACCAAGGAUUCCGCAGUGGUAUAUACAUGAGCCAUCGUGGUUUUAUUAUCAAGGAGCAGAGUACCUUUUUUAUGACAGCGCCUCAGAGUGGUCCACUUUUCAGUUUGUUUGUGGCUGGCUCCGUGGUAAUAUAGCAACAAUACAUUCUUCCAACGAACAGGAAUUUAUCCACAACAGAAUAAAAAAGGUAUCAAAAAUGAACAAUGAUUGGUGGAUUGCACUACAUUCAGAAAUAGCUACUGAAGGAUUUCGAUGGGCAGACGGCUCACCAUUAUUAUACCAAAACUGGGAAGGAGGUGAAGAAAGACCUAUGAAUGCGGAAGGAGAGAAAUGUGGUUUUAUUUCUUCCCAAACAGGGUUGUGGGGAUUUGCAAGCUGUACCAAUUCUCUACCUUGUAUCUGCAAACGUAAAAAGAUAUGGACUAUUGAGAGAGAAAUACCCAAAGAGCAGCCUAAUCAAGGAGUGUGCCCAAAAGGAUGGCUUUAUUUUGCAUUCAAGUGCUUUCUGGUGCAGAUUCCAAAGGACCCAGGCCUCCUGAAGAGCUGGAAUUCUGCACAAGCAUUCUGCAGUCACUAUGAUGCAUCGCUUGCUUCAAUUGAAAAUGAAGUUGAACAAGCUUUCAUAACAAUGAAUCUGUUUGGGCAUAAAUCAAAUGUCUGGAUUGGCCUGCAGAGUACUGAUUACGAAAGAUGGGCCAAUGGGAAAGAGGUGGAAUAUUCCAACUGGUAUCCAGCAGAAGCAGUGCAGGCAAGUAAUCACCAUGAUCACAGUACUGAAAUCCAAGAAAAAGCUCCGCUAUGUGCUUCCAUAUUAAAUAAACCUAGCUUCAGUUUAAUGGGAAAAUGGCACCUAGAAAACUGUGGAAAAAGUAAUGGGUUUAUCUGCCAAAAGGCUCAAGAUAUGUCUAGAAAUGUCAUACACUCUUCUGUGAUGUACCCAGUACCAAAUACUUUAGAGUAUGCAAACAAGACAUAUACAUUAAUCCGUGGGAAUAUGACUUGGUACAUGGCUUUAAAAACCUGCAAGGAAAAUGGGGCUGAAUUGGUCAGCAUUUCAGACCACUAUCACCAAGCCUUCCUCACUGUAAUUGUAAAUCGACUGGGCUUUGCCCAUUGGAUUGGAUUAUUCACUUCAGAUAACGGCCUUAAUUUUGAAUGGUCAGAUGGUACCAAGCCUCCGCAUACUUUCUGGAGAGAUGAGGAAUCACAGACCUCUGGAAGCUGUGUCUACAUUGAUAUUGACGGACGCUGGAGGAGCACUGACUGUGAGAGACUUCUGAAUGGGGCAGUUUGCCAUAUUCCACCCCAGGAGAAGCCAACUGAAUAUAAGGGACUGUGUGAUGAAAAACCUGUCCCUUGGAUAAAAUUUGAAAGGAGCUGCUACAGCUUUUCCACAGUUUUAGAGAACUCAGACUUUGAUGAAGCAUUUGAAUUCUGCAAAAAGCAAGGUUCUAAUCUUCUAACUAUUGAAGAUGAACAUGAAAAUGCUUUUCUUCUGGAAGAAUUGCAUUCUUCUGGGCCUUCAGUUGAAACAAUUUGGCUGAAUAUCCAGUUUGUUACUGAGAGUAAGUAA